ACAUGUCUUGUCUCAAACAGACAGGUUUAGAGCCGUUUAGGGUUUAAGCAGAAUCAAGACAUUAGCAGUUAGAGACAUUGAGAAGCAGCAGCUCUCUUCCUCAGGUGCUGUGUGUUUAGGGGAAAAAUAAAAUGGGGGCAGACAAAGGGAAGAAGCAGAAAGUGGAUGAGGAAAACAACAAUAUUAUUGAUGAAAAGCUCAUUUUUUCCAUUGAAAAAUUGCAAGAGAUACAAGACGAGCUCGAGAAGAUCAAUGAAAAAGCAAGCGACGAAGUGUUGGAAGUAGAACAAAAGUACAACGAGAUCCGCAAGCCUGUCUAUGAUAAGAGAAAUGAUGUCAUUAGCUCUAUUUCUGACUUCUGGUUGACUGCUUUUUUGAGUCAUCCUGUUCUUGGUAACCUUCUCACUGAAGAGGACCAAAAGAUUUUCAAAUUUGUAAGUUCUAUUGAAGUGGAAGACUCAAAGGAUGUGAAAUCGGGUCAUUCAAUCACGUUUAACUUUAAGCCCAAUCCUUAUUUUGAAAAUUCAAAGCUCUCAAAGACGUAUACCUUCCUUGAAGAUGGACCUACAAAAAUUACAGCUACAACAAUAAAAUGGAAAGAAGGCAUGGGCAUUCCUAAUGGAGUUGCUGACAAGAAGAAAGGAAACAAGCGGUCCCACGCUGAAGAAAGCUUCUUUACAUGGUUCAGUGAAGUCAAUCAAAAAGGUGAUGUGGAUGAUGACGAAAAUGAGAUUCUGGACAUUCAGGAUGAUGAGGUUGCUGAAAUAAUCAAGGAUGACUUGUGGCCUAACCCUCUCAAUUACUUUGACCAUGAGCCUGAUGAAGAAGAUAUUGAGAGCGAUGAGGGAAAGGACAGCGGAGGCUCUGAAGAGGAAGAGGAAGAUGAAGAUGAUGAAGAUGAAGAAGACGAAUGAACUGUUGGUAGACCUUGUGUUUGAUUUGAGUUCUCUUCAGUGUUUCGAUUAUCAGAGUUGGUCUCUGUAAAGAGGUUUCGGAUAUUGCAGAAAAAUCGAAUGACAUAUAGUGGUGACUCUAAUUUUUAGUUUCAGCGAGCUUUUUCUCACAUUUCUCCUUUAACCUUUUCUUUGUAAUUU